CCAUAACGAAUCCUAGUUUAAGUCACUGCAUACAAGACAUUUUUACAUACACACUCGCUAAUCGCACUUACACAUUUAUACCAUGGCGGACGCUGCCUUCUCGGAACGCUUGGCGGAUCAUAGUACCAUGGAUAAAGUGGUACUUGACCCUGAUGUGUACUGCUCACUAGUCAAGUGCGCCUUCAACCAGGCGUUCCAACGCAAGUCGGAGAUGAACCAACAUUCCUUGCUAUUUAAGCAGUUGGUCAACUCAUUGCUGGAAACGCCUGACUCAGAUAAAACAAUAGGACCACCGAAACCUAACCCAGGUGUUUUGAGCGGUAACUUAAAGGAAUCCAUAGAUGCUAUUAAAACUGACUUCCUAGACCACUACUCGCUGCUAUACAACCUCGAGGAGUACAGUAUACGUGAACGUUUGGAGAUUUUGGGUAGACACACCACCGUCGAGAACACGUUGCAUCAUGAGUCUGUAGGUGUCUCCAGGAAUCAACCAGAUGAACUGGGAUAUGGAGGCGACACAGGAAUACCUGAAGAUGACCAGCCAGAUGAAGGAACAGUGUCACACGGAGUGUUUGACAUGAUUAACUCACUGAAGAAUAAAUUUGAAAAAUUGAACCAACGCAUAGAAGCCCUGGACAAUGAACUGGAUGCACAAGUAGGGGACCCUAACCUAAGGGAAUGGGAAAAGUCACCUGAAUCAUACCACCAACGAGGUGAAUAUGACCUAGAAGGUGACCAGGAGCUGUGCGACCAUAUACGCAACCUAUACGCACACCUACACCAUCAAGCCAAAAUUAACAACCAGAAGAUAGAGGCCAUGCGGAACCGUUUGUCUACCCUGCAGGCACAUGCCAAAGUACUGCGUCGCCGCGACCCGCAUGAUACACGUAUCGGUCUAUGAGCACGGCCAGGCGUUCCUGGUAACUUCAGUGUACAUAGUAUAAUGCUAAUAUA